UCACUUAAUAACCAAAGCUAGGAAUGCUGCACAGGCCUUGGACCUUGUCUAGUUUAUCAAAUCGUAGACUGAACGAACCAAGUAAUGUGAAUGACUCCUUUUAUACAUUUCUGUGAAUUAUUCAGAUUCAGUGUCCAAAUAGACCCAGCGACGGCAUUUUGAUGGAUUAAGCCAAGUCACGUCUAAAUGAUGAAAGAGGAUAACACGCUUGCUUGAGUGUAAUUUUCAUAGUAUUCGCCUCUCAAAACAGCAUCAAAAAGAGUUUUUGGCUGAUUGUAAGAUUGUAACACAUGGUUAGAUAGACAUUUUUGCAGUACAGCUGGCUUCUGUGAGGCAACAGUGCUAAGCAAUUUUUGGCCCAUAAAAAUGACAAAACCCAGCUAGUUGUUAAUACUUCAACAGUAAUUUCAUAAUAGAAAACAUUUUUUAGCAGCUCCAUUACACUUUGUGGGUAAAUCUAGAACCUGUGUUUACUGUGAGUAUGAAAUGAAGCUUGUGAAUGGAUAAGAAGUAAGUGACACUUCUAAGCUUGUGUGAAGUACUGUGUCAACAAAGGCUGAGAGUUCAGUCUGUGCACACAUGUGCGUCAGAGUGUCUCAGGUUCAACUGGUUUUGUCCUCAUUAUGUUGUCAUUAUGUGCUCUCUCCAGCACUUUAAAUAGUGUACAGAGUAAACUGUGUACACUAUUUUUUCCCCAUGUAGUUAUUCUAAAAAUCAUAUCUCGUUGAAGUUGUUUACCAAGUUUAUGUGGUUAAUUGCUCAAUUUUUCACUCUAAUGAAGCUUCUAAAGAAGACUUUUUAUAGUGUUUAAUUUUAUUAAGAAAGAUUUUAAUCUUUAUCUAUUUACCUUUUGAUAACUUGGUUAUCUUUAGCUACUCACAGUAAACUACAUUUGGUAUAGUUGGUUGCCUGAAGCUUAAUUAAGACGAUGGCUUGAAUUAUGCACAUAAAAACUAGUCAUGAAGCUGGUUAUUCAGGAUGUGAUGACAGAUGAAAGAUUCAGUUGGCACACCUGAUUAGAUAUUUUUGUUUACAGGUGCAGUCUCGGAGCCAAAGCUCUCAGUGGUUUCGGUUGAAAGAUGUGGGGUGACUGUGCAGUGUGAGGUGAACUUCUGGCCAACAGAGCCUCAGGUAACAUUUCUGGAUCACCAAGGAAACGACAUCCCUGCUCAAGGUUCAGAAAGAGAUCGAGAUGCCAGCGGACGUUUCAUCGUCAAACAAAGAGUUACUCUGCAGGAAGGAAACAGCAGCAUCACCUGCAGGGUUCACCAGCCAGAGAUGAACCAGACCAGAGAGACAAAGAUCCUCAUAUCAGCCACCUGCAGCUCCGACAUUUGCACCGCUGCCUUUGCUGCUGGAGGGUUGGCUUCUGUCUUAUUUUCAGCUAUAUUAGCUCUACUGAUAUAUAAGGAACACAAUAAAUCAACCCAAAAAAAGAAGCGUCUUCACAGGAAGUCAUCAGACCAAAGAAAGAAUAGCAGCACUGAAAAUAUGUUAAACAGUUUAACUGAGCAGCUAAAAGAAAGAUUGGCUGGACUCAAGUCAGAGCUUCAGGAGAAAGAAGAGAUCAUUCGCCAGCUAAAAAGAAAUGAUCAGCCGUCUCGUGCUGUUGCUACCCAGCAUGACCAACCAAUUUGGGGCCUUUUCACGUCCAAACCAGACAUCCCCAAAAAACCUUUCAAUCAUUAUUCUGACCUUGACUCCAACGCUAGUUACUGUGCUGAUGACUAUCAUCCAAAAUUCACAGCUUCAACCAAAACUUACCCUCCAAAAUCUGGCAGCUUACACCACAAAGGUUCACAUUUAGGAGUCAAGAGGCAAAACAGCAAUCCAGCACCGGGCCAACCAAUCCAAAGAAAACAUCGCAACAGAAGUAGUCCUGCUAUUAUGUCUUUAGCGUUACCUAGCUUGUCUUUAACCAGCAAUGCAGAGAAAAUGCUGGACCACAUUAGCAGCUCAAAGAGUGAGGCUGAAGCCCUGCUAGAUCAAGAUGCAUUCUCGCCACUGCAUAGAAGUUAUUCAGCAGGUUCUCAUUUAGCUUGCAGUAAUAACCGCUUUUAUGUACUGGAAGGUUUAACUGAAGAGUCAUGAGCUGCCAAUUCACAAAAGGAGAACAAAAACUGGAAAACUUUCAGUUAACAUCUACUAAUGACUGCAUUUUAGCCAGAUGUUUUACAAGCUUGGCUUCAGAAACUAGAAGAUAUCAACUUAUAGUUCUUCUUUUAUAAGAUUUUCAUUUGGGUGUGCUAUGGGGAAAAAUCCAUAUAAAGCAUGGCUGGCAUGCUGAUGGAUAACACUUAGACAGACGUUCAUGAACCCACUGUUUUAAUUCCUGUUUGCUCUUUGUAUUUUUGUUUAUGGAUGGUUAUUUUUUUUACACCAACAGAUAUUUAAAAGGUAAGAGCUGAAAAUGAAGUCUUGGGUUUUAAGCUAAUGAGCAUUAAACAUAGACUAUUUGAAUUAAUUAGAUUUGGAUGUAUUAUACUAACCAACAUAUAGUCUUGUU